AUGUCAAAGACUGUGGACUUGGGAUAUUAUGAAGAUUAUAUCCAUUCAAAUGAGAUUAUUUAUCGAGAUUUAAAACUGGAAAACGUUGUGCUUGAUUUGGAUGGUCAUAUUCAAUUGGUAGACUUCGGAUUCGCGAAGAGACUCGCUGAUGACGAUCGUACGAGAACAAUAUGCGGUACAUUACAGGUAUUCUAUUCUGCAUACACUUAUACGCAGGACAGUCAAGAUGUCCAAUUACCUCACAAAAUACUGACAAGAAUCCAGGAAUUAUUUGAAAUCGAUUGA